AUGUUUUCUUCUUUGAUUUCAAAACUAUUCAAUGAUUUACCAAGUAAUUUUGGUUAUACAAUAGGUGAGAAAGUAAAAGGUGAUGAUUACAGUAUUUGGACUCAUUAUAGAGGCUACAGAAAGAAUAAGCCGGAGCAAACCUGUAGUGUUUUUUUUUUUGACAAAAAUCGGAGUUCUGGCAAUGAAAAUGUUCUUGGAUUCAUCCCAAUAGAAACAGCCAAAAAGCUUGCAAAAAAUCAAUUCCAAAGAUGCAAAAGCCUAAUACACCCUUGUAUUCUAAAAGUAUAUGACACCUUAGAAGUUUCAAACUCUUAUUAUAUAAUAACAGAACCGUGUGUAUCGCUUUACAACCUUUCAUUAAGCAUCAAUCACACUUUUGUUACAUAUACUGAUGAUUCAAAAGAAUCAGAAUAUGAAAUAGGUUUUCCGAAAGAUUGUAUUUCAGGAUUGUAUGAGAUCAUAAAAGGACUGAAGUUCUUACACAAUGAUGGAAAGCUUUUACAUGGGAAUAUUAGUCCUUUGACAGUUUAUGUCAACUUUGAUGGUUCUUGGAAACUUGGAGGAUUUGAAAAUACCAUUUUAAUGAGUGAUACAAGUAGUUAUUAUAUGGAUGAAAUUUCAAAGCAAAGUACUGCUUAUAAUAUAAUGGGGUGGAAAUUUGCUAAAGUCUCGAGAAAUCCAAAGAGUCUCGACCUUUGGAAUCUUGGGUGCCUGAUUUAUUGGUCAUAUCAGGUAUCUUCCAACUUAAAUCCAUCCGAGAUUUACAUCGAAAUUACUGACCAAUCAAAAAUUUCUCAAAGAAAAAAGAUUGUUGAAUCAUUAAAAUUACCUUAUAUGAAUGGAGAUGUUCUUACUAUGGAAAACGAUUUGAUCCCACGCUGGUUGUAUGACUGGUUAAGCGACUUACUAACUUGCAUGAAUACAAAUAAAGAAAUUAGCAUAGAAAAUGGUCUUGCCUUAAUUAAUAACAACUCUCCUUUUGUGGAGCUCAUGAAUCAACUAAAUGAUUUUAUGUUAAAAUCAUCAGAAGAUAAACAAAUUUUCUGUACUCAGUACCUUCCGCACUUACUUACUAGUAUAAAGGUGCAUGGUGACAGUUCUACUAAUAUUAUUGUCAUUCAAAGAAUUCUUGAAAAGCUUUUAUUAAACUUUAGUCAAUGCACUCCCAGCAUAUUCCCCCUGGUUUUAACCCUGUUGGAACCUUACAAAGAAAUUCGAACUUGUCCAAAAUUUAUUUUGAAAUCAUUCUAUACAGUCACAAAGUUUCUUCUCUGUCAAAAUGAUAGAUCAAUCAGAUACACUUUACUUAAAAAUAUUUCGAAGUAUGAGAGGUUCUUGUUAAAGGAUAUUUUUCAAAGUUGUAUUGACUCAAUCUUAAUUGGAUUUCAAGAUACCACCAAUGUUAUUAGAGAAACGACUCUUCAAAGCAUGAUUGUAAUCAUUCCUCUUCUUCUUAAGGAAGACACCGAAAAAAGUCUUUCUAAUGAAGACGAAAUCCAAAUUUCAAAAAGUAACAACUCAAAGUCGAACGCAUCCAGUGACUUUAUGUGUUCCAUUAAAGAAGGAUGGAAGAAGAAUAGUGCUGCUUUCUUAAAUGCCUUUGGAGGAAAUAGUGGCUCUCAAAUUGCCGUUGACAAGCUUGUAUGUGCAAUGUUUAGCCUCUCAAAGGACCCCGAAGUCAUAAUCAGAAGCAACACCGUCAUUUGUUUUGCCAAGUUAAUGGGUGUUUUACCAGAACAAUAUCACUCAACUAUCUUAAAUAAGGUCUACCUUUCUGUCAUUAAAGACCCUUUCCCCAUAUGUAGAAGGGCUGUUAUCCAAGCUCUUCUUUCCACCAUUCAAUUUUAUUCUCCUACCGUAAUUACUCAACAAAUCCUCCCGGUUGUUUCAGUUAAUGGCUUCAUUGAAGGCCAACCCGAAAUUAUGGAAAUCUCUCUAACUUUUGUUAAAAACGCGAUCAAUAUUUUAAGCCCAUAUAUUGAAGAACAAGUCAAGCUCAAGCAGGAGCAGGAUAGGAUUAAACUUGAGGAGGAAAAAUUGGAAUCUCAAAAAGAAUCAAAACACAAUGCUGCCUUAAAUAAUAAUGCUAAAUCCUCUAAUAAUAUUUUUGAUCAACAAUCUGCUAACCUUCAAAACAAACAUAUCACUAAUUCCAACUUAUCUCUUGAAAAAAAUAAUAAUUUGCACAAAGAUAAGGAUAUUUCGACUAAUAACACUAAUUAUGUACCUGUUGAUAGUAGAAUCCAUGUUUAUGCACAAAAUAUGCAAUUAAAACCCACUUUUAAUGCUGAUAUGGGGGUUGGAACAUUAGUUGGGGGAAAACCAAAUGAGAAAAAAGAUGUGGAUUGGAAUGAAUUUGAAAGCGAUUUGUUUGACUUCGGUAUUUCAAGUGGCCAUAAUAGUGGCAAUAAUGAGUCGCUUUCUUCUGAAUCUAAUAUAAGUGAAGAAAGUAAAUCUAGAUUUAAAUCUAAUGUUGGAUCGUUUACUUUGAGUAAUUAUCAGAGGAAUUGCGCCUUCAAAACUGAGUCUUCAGGUGUUAAAAACUCACCAAGUUAUAAUAAUAAUAAUAACAGUGAUAAUAAGAAGGAAAUAAUAGGCCUUCCGCUGAUUAAAGUUGAUCAAUUUUCUACCAGUAAGAAUUCAAAAGUGGAAAAAAUACCUGGGAAGAAAUUAUCUACUAAAUUGGACUUAGACAGUGAUGAUUUUUGGAAGGAAUUUGAGUAA